AUGAAGGAGCAGAGACGGGACUCAGGGUUUCAAGGCUGUCAGUUACUGGGAACAUCAGGAGAAGCGGGAGGCGAAGCCCACGCAGACCAGAGUGUCACCAUCCUGCACGCCAAGGUCGCUCAGAAGUCCUACGGCAACGAGAAAAGGUUCUUCUGCCCUCCUCCCUGUGUUUACAUCAGUGGCCUUGGAUGGAAAGUCAUGCAGGACCAUCUGAAAGCGGCCGGUUGUGGAGACUCCGUGUCUCGCCUGUGUGGUUACAUGUGUCUGGACAGCUCCAGCCAGUCUCAGGCAGACACAUUCAAACUGGUCUUUGAUGAACAGCCGAACUCCAGGAUGUUCGCCUGCGCCAAGUCGCUGUUCAUCUCCGAUCAGGACAAGAGGAAGCAUUUCUGCCUGCUGCUCCGCCUCUUCCUGGGAAACAGACAGGAAGUGGGUUCCUUCCAGAGCCGCAUGAUCAAAGUCAUCUCCAAACCCUCGCAGAAGAGGCAGUCCAUGAAGAAUGCUGACUUGUGUAUCUCAUCGUGCUCCAGGGUGGCUUUGUUUAACCGUCUGCGCUCUCAGACCGUCAGCACUCGUUACCUCUCAGUGGACAGAGGAGCUUUCAUCGCCAGCGCCAGACAGUGGACGGCCUUUACCAUCACCAUGGUGGAGCACCAGUGUGCUGACCAAGGGAGCUUUGUGCUGAGCGAAGGCUUCAUCUGUUACGGCUGUGUGGUCCAGUUAGUGUGCACGGAGUCCGGAGUGGCUCUGCCACCCAUGGUGAUUCGAAAGGUCAACAAGCAGCACGCCAUCUUAGAUGUGGACGAGCCGGUUUCUCAGCUCCAUAAAUGCGCCUUUCAGUUCAGAGACAGUCCUCACGCCUACCUGUGUCUAACCAACGACGCCAUCAUACAGUACCAGGCCCCGUACAGCGUGAGAGAUCCCAGCAAAGUGAUGCUGAAUGACGGAUCCUGUUGGACCAUCAUCGGGGUGGAAGUCGUAGAGUUCAACUUCAGUCACGGUCUGACCUGCAUCACGACCCCAGUGAGCCCGUUUCCUGCUGUCACCGGGUUAGAGGUGAAUGGUGGAGGGCACGUCGCCAUGCUGGAGAUAAACGGAGAAAACUUCAGUCCUCAUCUCAAAGUGUGGUUUGGCAGCACUGAAGCAGAGACCAUGUACAAGUCUCCUAAAUCUCUGCUCUGCGUUGUUCCCGAUGUUUCGGUCCUCAGUGACGGCUGGCGCUGUCUCCGGCGCAUCGUCACCGUUCCUCUUUCUCUCGUCCGGCAGGAUGGACUGAUUUAUCGCACCUCCUACAGUUUCACCUACACACCUGAGCUCCAGCCGCCCCCGUCCGCCCGAACGGCGGCCGGAGGAGGGAAGAGAGAAGGAGGGACGGGUGGAGAACAGGAGGAUGACUUCCUGUUAGAGACCAUCCAUCAGGAGUUCACCAGAGCCAACUUUCACCUCUUCAUGCAGAGUUAGUGCUCAAAUCCUCAGGUGAUGCUGGGAGGAACGUUUGUCAUGUGACAGUCACAUGACAUCACACACACACACACACACACACACACACACACAGCUGGACUCUGUUAUGAGCCAUCAUAACGACCUUCCUCCCAUCAGCCGCUCACAUUAAAAUGACAGUCUUUCACUUCCUGUGAAUCAUUCCCGGUGUAUUACUGCCUGAAACAACAGGAACUUCUGAAUUAUAAAUCCAGUCUUCAACAUCAGGGUGACUGUAGCUCAGGAGGUCUCCUACUAAUCAGACAGUUGGUGGUUUGAUUCCCGGCUGCUCCAGUCUGCAUGCCAGCGUAUCCUUGGGCAAGAGAACCACGAGUUGCUCCGAUGCAGCCGUCGGCGUGUGAAUGUUGGAAAGCUCUCGGCUGUAGAAGGAAGUGUUUGUGUGGAUGAUUCAUGCUGUACCCGUCCAUUUACCAUUUACUCAGGUCCAGACCUUUGGACACUCAUGGUGCUGUGUUCAAGACUUAUAAGAAUUAUGGGUGGAUAUUAC